CAUUUCCCAAGACUGGACGAAUUUUUUUUCAUGUGUUUCUUUCAUCAUUACUUUCAUUUUCCUGUUAAUCUUUUCACCCUCUUUGGUACCAGUUUAUGGAUGCGUGCGCUUGGAGUUUGACAUGGUUCGAUCUAUCUUUGCGUGAGACUCACCGUACCCCAAGCCUCUUCUUCGUCUUCUUCCGGGCUUUUGACCCGCAGAUUCGAACAGCUAUGGGCCGGUUGAUAUGGGUAAAUUAUGGGAAAUUGGACGGGUACUGGCAUUCAACUAGCUUCAAAGCAGGCAUUGUCAUCGGAUGGAGUUUUCCUCUCUUUCUUGUCUUUUUUCUUUCCUUUUUUAUUUCUUCUUCCUUUCUGUUGUCUGCUCUCGCUGUCGCUACGGCUGUAAGAGGCUGAUACGUUUCUUCUUUUCUUUUUUAAUUCUUUUAUCAAAUAGCUUAGGAAUAGUUAGAUACCAAUGCACACGAAAUUGCGAUGUCA